AUGAUUUAUAAAUCUGUUCACGCUGCGGCGCUGGCAGCCGCCUUCACAGCGCCCAAGGAUCUCGACAUCAAUGAUCCAGUCUCUAUCAGGAGUGUUGCCAGCACACUCGCCUAUGGCACUAUGGCUUAUUAUUCUGGAAACGUCACAGACACGCCCGAGACCAUAGCUAUCUUCCCCAAACCGCAUUAUUGGUGGCAAGCUGGAGCUGCUUGGGGUGCCAUGCUUGAUUACUCGCAUUACACUGGUGACCCCAGCUACGACGAUGUAAUCACCGAGGCGCUACUCUCACAGGUCGGGCCUGCGUUUGACUUCAUGGUGCCGCAACACCAGGGUGACGAAGGCAAUGACGACCAGGCCUUUUGGUCUUUCGCCAUCCUAGAUGCCGCAGAGCGCAACUUUCCCCAGCCAGAUGAUUCAAUCCCUCCGUGGCUGGAUGUCGCUACCAACAUCUGGAAUUCCAUGGUAGUGAGAUGGAACGACACAGCCUGUGGAGGUGGACUCCCGUGGCAGAUCUUCGAGUCUAAUACGAACGGCAUGGACUACAAGAACUCCGUAUCGAAUGGCGGUUUCUUCCAGAUGUCAGCACGUCUCGCCCGAGCCACUGGAAACGAUACAUACGUGCAAUGGGCGCAGAAAGUCUAUGACUGGUCCGAGUCUGUCGGGUUUAUCGACCAGAACUUCAACGUUUUCGAUGGUGCAUCUUCUAAGGAGAACUGCUCCAAGAUCAACGGAGUUUCAUUCUCCUAUUCGCAAGGUAUCUACAUGUACGGCGCCGCGGUGCUCUACAACCACACCAACGGCGACAAGACUUGGGGCGACCGGACGACCGGUCUUCUGAAGGCUGCCAAUUCGUACUUCAACCCCUUCCCAAAUGCGACGAACAUCAUGUAUGAGCAUGCUUGCGAGCAGGUCAAUACUUGCAACACGGACAUGUUGUCCUUCAAAGGCUACCUCUCUCGUUUCAUGUGGGCAACGACAAGGAUGAUGCCCUCGACGCUUCCCGACGUGCAGACGCUGCUUAACGCAUCUGCUAUCGCAGCCGGAAAGGCCUGCUCAGGCGGAGAUAAUGGUACAGUCUGUGGAGAGAAGUGGUACACUGGAGGAUAUGAUGGCAAUCCGGGGCUAGGUCAGCAGAUGACGGCUCUCGAGACUGUCCAGGGCCUUCUGGUCACAGAGGCUUUGCCGCCAUUCCGCGCGGACCAAAUCAAGCACGUGGGCGGAACAGAAAACGGGACGGCUUCAACGGCCACCCCUACUGCUUCGCCAGUACCUACCAAGCGAUCGAUAUCCGCGGGCAACAUCCUCCUUGCAGACUGGCGCUUGAAUAUCGGAGGCUUGUAUCUGAUAGUCCCGCUCUUCGGCUUCGCAUAG